AUGGGACGGGCGGGCUCGACGACCAAGAAGGAUCGGGCAGGUUCGACAACCAAGACGGGACAAGCGAACCUGAUGACCCAACCAGGUCGGGGCAGACCCGACGACACAAACGAGGUCGACGAUCCAGACGGGUUUGACGACUUGAAAGGGUGCGAUGAUUCAAACGGGCCAAACGACCCAAAUGAACCCGAAGACCUAGACGGGCCCGACAAUCCAGACGGGUUUGAUGACCCGAAUGGGCUCGACGAAUUGGACGAGCCAGAAGGUUCCUACGAAUUGGACGGGCCCGACGACCUCGACGGGCCCGACAACUUGGACGGGUCCGAUGAGUCGAAUGGGCUCGACAAAUUGGACGAGGUCGACAACCCGGACGGGUCUGACGGGCCCUUCCAAACUGUCAAGCCCGAUGAUCCAGAUGGGCCCGAUGACACGGACGAGCCCGACAACACGGACAGUCCCAACGACACGGACGGACCCAACGACUCGGACAAGUCAAAAUAUCCAGACAGGCCAAACGACCCAGAUGGGACCAACGACCCGACGAACCCGACGACCUAG